CCGCAUUCUCUGGGCUCAGGUGGCGUGUGAGGCGCGCGGCGGAUCCUCUCUGAGCUUUACACGGGUUGAGCGAUGUGUUUGGCACUAAGGACAUAUUUAUCAGCUGAACACCGAUAAGUACCUUCAAGUGACUUGAAAAGAGCAUCAUGGGAGGAGUGGUGGUGGAUGAAGGAGGCAGUGGGGUGAAGGCCCCAGAUGGAGGAUGGGGCUGGGCCGUGCUCUUCGGCUGCUUCGUCAUCACCGGAUUCUCUUAUGCUUUUCCGAAAGCUGUCAGCGUCUUUUUUAAAGAGCUCAUCCGUGAGUUCGACGUGGGCUACAGUGACACUGCCUGGAUCUCCUCUAUUCUGCUUGCAAUGCUCUAUGGCUCAGGUCCACUGUGUAGUGUUUUAGUAAAUCGCUUCGGAUGUCGCCCUGUGAUGAUGGUGGGCGGUCUCUUUGCUUCUCUUGGCAUGAUCUUGGCAUCCUUUGCCAACAACAUAAUUCAAAUCUAUCUCAGCACUGGUGUAAUCACAGGUUUGGGUUUGGCCCUGAACUUCCAGCCAUCACUCAUCAUGUUAAAUAGAUACUUCAGUGAAAAAAGACCCUUGGCCAAUGGACUUGCUGCAGCUGGGAGUCCUGUAGCACUGUGCUGUUUAUCUCCCCUGGGCCAAGUUCUUCAGUACAAGUAUGGCUGGCGUGGUGGUUUCCUUAUCUUGGGAGGCAUAUUGCUUAAUUGCUGUGCAUGUGGAGCCCUCAUGAGGCCACUGCUGGCACCAAAGAAGACGGAAGAAGACCAGGAAGCAGCAAAAGAAGUAGAGGAAAAACCAAAGCCUAAGCGCAAAUUGCUGGAUUUUAGCGUCUUUAAAGACCGAGGGUUCCUCAUCUACACCAUAGCAGCAGCUAUAAUGGUGUUGGGCCUGUUUGUGCCUCCAGUGUUUGUAGUCAGUUAUGCAAAAGAGCUGGGCAAUGAAGACACCAAGUCUGCUCUUCUGCUCACCAUCCUUGGCUUUAUCGAUAUCUUUGCUAGGCCCACGUGUGGCAUUAUUGCAGGAAUGAAGUGGGUGCGACCACGGUGUGUUUACUUCUUCAGCUUUGCAAUGAUUUUUAAUGGUGUCACAGACAUUGUGGGCUCCAUGUCAAAGGACUACUCGUCUCUUGUAGUUUUCUGUAUUUUCUUUGGUAUUUCCUAUGGAAUGGUCGGAGCCUUGCAGUUUGAGGUGCUAAUGGCCAUUGUGGGAACUGAGAAGUUCUCCAGUGCCAUUGGUCUGGUACUUCUGGUAGAGGCAGUUGCUGUACUAGUGGGGCCACCUGGUGCAGGUCGACUUCUGGAUGCCACCAAGGUCUACAUGUAUGUCUUCCUGCUAGCAGGCUGUGAGGUGGUCCUUUCCGCUGUCGUACUUUGCGUCUGCAACAUGCUUUUCAUCAAGAAGGCGCCUCAGCAGUCUGACUCUUCUGCCAAGAUGGAGAUGGCUGUGACAGAGACUGAAAUGGAGCACCUCAACAGAGUUGCUCAGGAUGACCAAGAAAAUCAUGGUGGUAGGAAGGAGUCGGAGCCCAAGAAUGCACAAGUAGAAGAGCAGACCACAAAUCCAGAGAUGGAAACGCAACAAGAGACCACAGUGGACACAGACAAGCCAGAAGCAGGAAGUCCAGACGAACUUCAGGUGGAAUCGAUAGAUCUUGAAAAGCUCCCUAAAGAUGCAACCAAAGCAAAUGGUGGUGCAGUGGAACCCGAAUCUUCUCUGUGAUCUCAGUAGCAUGAGAGAAAUAGACUUUAGAGCAUUUUCAAAAUAAGAGAGAGCUUGUUUGCUGCCUUGUGUGUUCACAUUUGAUGUUGUGUGCUUUCUGUUCUGCACUGAAAUGAUGUCUUGUGAUUUCAGGUACGUUCGUUGUUGUUUGAAUAUUCGCGGCAUUUAGAACACUAUCCUAAAGCAACCUUGUACGGUGAUUGACAAUAGAUUUUUAUGCACUCCGACAAAAACAAAGCAUUAUCCCUAACCAAAUUAAUACCAAAAAUUUAAUGUAAGCUUUGCGUAGAAGGAUAUAAAAGCAGGCAAACUGUUAUUACUUAAGUAUUUUGGAUUAAAAUUGAUUAAUGUUUCUGAUGCUGUUAAAUUUCACUAGAACGAAACGGCAACCUGGUCAUUAAGUACUCAGUAUCUAAGCAGGGAUUAGGUGGUUCAGCGGUACUAUUUAAAGGACCUGGCCAGAUUACUAAAUGUGCAGCAGAGAGAUUAUUGUAUUUUAAAUUUGUUACUAAACCAUCAGCCAGUAACUCCUCAUAACAAUGUUGGCUACUGUAACAGCGAUGGCUAUGUUCAUUGUCUAUCCAGCUUACUGUAAAGGAUUAUUUGUGGCAUAUGUCUGCAGACGUUAUGCAAAUUGUUUGGGUAUAAAAUUAUCUGCUUUAAGUGAGACACAAUCAAACGUAUAUCUAGUAGAUGUCCCUAUGCGUACAUGUCUGUAUUGGAGAGCUGUUGGUCCUAUUUGGGGUGAAUGACUGUGAAACAAUUUAUGAUUUUUUUUUUUUUUUUUUUUUUCCAUCUUAAAAGUUUUAACAGUUAUAGUUUUUAGCAGUAUUUCCAAGCAAUAGUGGAGUUCAUUUU